GUGACAAUAAUGGCACCUUGCAUUAUUAUUUCCAAAACAUCGAUGUUAUAAAAAUGGUUAAAUGACUGUUUGUGUAUUGAAUAAGUCUUUGCAGAAAGGAUAAUUUUAAAAAAUGAAAAUUUGGAAGCAAACAGAUAGUCGUAGAAAACUUGGUGUGGCCAUUUACAACUACAAGGAAGAUGGUGAACACAGACUUGCCCUUGACAUUGGUGACACUGUCCACAUUCUGGAAGAAACAGAUGAUUGGUAUAGAGGUUUUGUGGUUAAAAAUAAAUCCAAGAAAGGAAUUUUUCCAAAAAAUUACAUAUUUUUAAAAGAGGCAUCAGUGCAUGUCAGUGGGCCCAAUGAAACUAUAACUAGCAAAGAGCCCCCUCUGGUGAUUGAGUUGACAAAUGUCCUUAGGGAAUGGCAUGCAAUCUGGAAACAAAUGUUUGUGGAACGCAGUGAACAGCUAGAUGAGGUUCAAGAAAUGAUAGGUGACUUAAUAGACUGGAGAAAUAAGAUCCUGGCAAGAAUUUUCACAGUGGAUGAGUUAAAAGAAGUCCAGCAAAAAGUGACUUCUCGUAUUGACCAGGGCAAUGCUUUACUCAAACUGGACCUUGUAGUUAGAGAUGACCAAGGCAACAUACUCAACCCAGAUCAAAGUAGCAUUAUAGAGUUGUAUAAAAGACAUGUAGAGGCAGCAGAUAGAAUACAGAAAGAAACAUGUAAUAAAAGAUACAGUGAUUUAGAAACUCGUCCAAACUGGCCAUCAUCGUUCAAUGUUUAUGUUAUGUUAAGAAAUUUUGUGUGUAAGAUAGGAGAGGAUUCCGACAUUAUGAUAAAUCUGUUUGAUGCUAAAGAAGAAAAGUUUAUAAGUGAGAAUUAUUUGGUUAAGUGGAGUAAGCAAGGUGUACCCAAAGAUAUUGAUAUGAUAAAUAAUUUCAGAGUUGUUUUUACUGAUCUUGGAAACAAAGACAAAGUAAGAGACAAGGUGUACUUAGUCUUCCAAAUCGUUAGAAUAGGUGUUAUGGACCCUAAAUAUGUGGACAACAAGAAACAAACACAGGGAAUCAGAAGACCAUUUGGUGCUGGAGUGAUGGACAUAACAGAUUUUAUGCAAGGAACUAAAACAAGCGUAGAGGAUAAUCAGUAUUUUAUACCCUUUCAGCAUUGUAAUGAGGAUUUCAUGUACAAUGUAAUUAAAAAAGUAAUAUCAGCAAAAGACAUAAACCAUAGAGGUCAAGGUCUCUGGGUAUCUUUAAAAGUAUUACCAGGAGAUAUAAAGCAAGUGAGAGAAUCUUAUCCUCACCUUGUACUUCCUGGAACAGCAAUUGCUAGAAAAAUGGGAUUCCCCGAUGUCAUUAUGCCAGGCAUAGAAGAGGGUGAUGUUCGCAAUGAUAUAUACUUAACUGUGCAGCAGGGAGAGUUUACAAAGGGACCCACCAAGUCAACAGACAAAAAUGUUGAGGUUUCAAUGGUUGUAUGUGAUGGCAAAGGAGAAGUCAUGCAGAAUGUGAUUAGCUAUGGAUGUAUAGAUUCCUCAAUGUCAGAAUUCAAAUCUAUGGUUUAUUAUCAUCAAGAUAAGCCCAAAUGGUUUGAAACUGUUAAGGUGGCCAUUUCAACAGAGGUUGAGUUCAAAGGACUACAUUUAAAAUUUCUGUUUCGGCAUAAAUCUUCAACUGAAGCCAAAGAUCGAUCAGAGAGACCCUUUGCAAUGUCUUUUGUGCGCCUCCUAAAUGAUAAUGGAACAACCAUAGAAGAUCAAAUACAUGAACUUCUAGUUUACAAGAUUGAGAACAAAAAACAUGAAGAUGCAGCGAUUUACUUGAAGUUACCAUGUAGCAAGAGGGAACUUGAAGCCUCAAACUAUGCUUCCAAUCACAAGCAAUCUGCAGGAUUAGUUCUCAGUCACAGAGACUCCUUCUUUGUCUAUUCUUAUGUCUGCUCAACUAAACUCACACAUAAUGUUGAUCUUCUUGGUUUGUUGAAGUGGCAUGAAGUACUCAGUGAUACUAAAGCUUUGAAAACCUACCUGGAACAUCUCAUGAAUGAAGAGGGAGAAGAAAUUGUGAAAUUUUUACAAGAUUUGCUGGACUCACUUUUCAACAUUUUGAUGCAGCACACAAACAGUGAGUUGUGUGACAACCUGGUGUUUGAUGCCCUGGUGUACAUCAUUGUGUUAAUAUCAGACAGGAAAUAUCACCAGUUCCGCCCUGUACUGGAUGCUUAUAUUGAUUCAGCUUUCAGCUUUGCUAUGGCAUACAAUAAACUGAUGGUGAUCUUAAAAGAUUAUGUGGACAAGGCCAAUGAAAAAAGUUCUAGUGAAAACUCUUUGUUGCCUGCUAUCAAAUCUUUAGAAUAUAUCUUCAAGUUUAUAAUCAAGUCCAGACAUUUGUUUUCUAUGCUCAAUGAAGGUCGAGGUAAGCAGCAGUUUGAAAUCUCCUUGAAGCAGCUUAUUACAGCAAUCAACAAUAUGAUGGUGUACAAGUCAGACAACACCCUCUUAGUUCAGGGAGCAGCUUUAAAAUACAUCAGCUCUAUUAUUGGGGAUGUCAUGACCAUCUUUGACCCAAUUGAACUUAGCCUUCUUCUAGUCCAGUUUAUUGACAAUGUACCCCCUGAAAGGCUGACAAAACAAAAGAUGAAAUGCAUUGAUCAGAUCAUACAAACAGAUCUGUUCAACUUACCUGCCUGCAGACAGGUGCUGCUGCCCCCAUUUUUGCAACACACCCAUUUCCUGAUGGAACACAAUGAGGAGAUGGAAGAAUGCAUAUCUAUACUCAGCCACAUCAUGGACAGACUUUGGACCUAUGAGGCUUCAAGAGAUCAGGACACCACAAUACUCAUUGACAAGAUUCUCCGCACUGUUAUACAGUCUGUUAUAGGAAUGGAUCAAUCUUCCAAACAAACACAAACCAUCAAAACCAAAAGCCGUAGAUUGGAGCAAUUCUUUGGCCAUGAACCCCCACCAAGUGUUUCUGUUUCAUUUGAAACAUUAAAUGGCAACUGUGUGUGCGUGAUGAUCAGCCUGCUGCGGCAGAUGUCAGACAAUCACUACAAAACUUACAUCAAAAGUUUCCCUACACACUUCGACCUGAUGGACUUCCUCAUGGAGAUUCUCUGCGUCUUCCAAGACCUGGUGCACAGGAAUGUCUACCCUACAGACUGGCUGGAGAUGAUCAUGGUCCAAAACUGUGUUAUCCUGAGAGCCUUGAGGUUUUUUGCUGCCACUAUUCAUGAAUUUUUUUCUGCACCUUUUGAACAGCAGCUGUGGAAUAACUUUUUCCAUUGUGCCAUUGCAUUCCUCACACAAGACAGCCUACAGUUGGAAAAUUUUUCUAUGUCCAAAAGAAAUAAAAUCAUCACCAGAUACAAAGAUAUGAGAAGAGAAACUGGAUUUGAAAUAAGAGCCAUGUGGUUCAAAUUGGGACCAAAUAAAAUCAAGUUUAUACCUCAAUUGGUUGGCCCCAUUCUUGAGAUGACCCUCAUCCCAGAGCAAGAGUUGAGAAAAGCAACAAUUCCAAUCUUUUAUGAUAUGAUGCAUCAUGAAUUUGUUCAACCAAUUCCCAAUUCAAAAAACAUGCAAAGCAAUUUUCAUGAGUUUGAAAAUGAGAUGAUCACCAAACUUGAUACUCUGAUCGAAGGGGGAAGGGGAGAUGAGCAGUACAUGACACUGUUCACUGAGACCAUAAGCCACCUGUGUGAGGGCGAUGACGUCAUGCGUGAGUCUGGCCUCCAGUUUGUUGAUGUGAUCCAUAACCUGCUGGAGAAGCUGCUGGUGUACCGCACCAUCAUACAAGAUGAGAUCAAGGAGCACAGAAUGAGUUGUAUAGUCAAUUUGUUGGAUUUCUACCAUGAAAUCAAUCGUCAAGAAAUGUACAUCCGCUAUCUACACAAACUCUGUGACCUUCAUUUAGGCUGUGAUAACUUUACUGAGGCUGCACAUACACUUAUACUGUAUACAAAGCUACUGCAGUGGUCUGAUGAGCCUUUGGUGCCAAUGCUACAAAAUAACAGCAAAUAUCCUGAUGCAAAAACUAACAGGGAAUUGAAAGAAAAACUUUACUAUGACAUCAUUUCCUACUUUGAUCAGGGGAAGAUGUGGGAGAAGGGGAUUGAACUGUGUGAUGAGUUGUGCACCCUCUAUAGGUUUGAGCUGUUUGAUUACAACAGUCUGAAAAAUAUUUUGGAGAGACAAUCCAAACUGUUUAGCUGCAUCAUGAAACAGAUGCGGCCAGAACCAGAAUAUUUUCGUGUUGGAUAUUUUGGUCUGGGAUUUCCUAUCUUUCUUCAGAAUAAAAUGUUUAUCUAUCGAGGCAAAGAAUAUGAAAGACUUGCUGAUUUCAAUGCUAGAAUGCAGACCUUGUUUCCUAAUGCCGAGCUGAUGAAAACAUUGGACACUCCAGAUGAACAGAUCAUGACUUCUGCUAAACAAUACCUACAAAUUAAUGCAGUCACCCCAGUCAUGAAUUUAAAGGAAUGUUUUCAAGGGAGAGAAAUUAGUGAACAAAUCCUCAAGUAUUACAGGGUCAAUGAGGUGCAGCAUUUUACCUACUCCAGGAGGAAAGACGAGGGUUCAAGUGAUGUCACGAACAUGUGGCUGGAGAGGACAACUCUAAAAACUUCAUAUUCUCUCCCUGGAAUUGUUGGCUGGUAUCCAGUCACAGAAAUAGAAGUUAUGGAUGUGAGUCCUAUAGAGAAUGCCAUUGAAACAAUGGAAGAGAAAAACAAGAAGUUGACGGAACUGAUAGAGCAGCACAAAAAUGAUUCCAGUCUUAGAGUCGACACACUGGGCAUGCAGCUCAAUGGCGUUGUUGACCCAGCUGUUAGUGGGGGCAUUGCCAACUACAAGGAUUUCUAUAUCAGCAUGGAUUAUGACAGUUUGUUUCAAGAAAGAUUAAAAGAAGUCACAAUAGAACAAAUCACCAUCUUGCGCGACGGUCUGAUAGUUCAUAAAAAUAAAGCCCCAGAAUCAUUGCAGCCCUUCCACACCCAUAUGGAGCAUCGCUUCUCACAAAUGUGCAAUAUGAUAGAGAAAGAAUAUGGCAUCAAGGUGGCAGAUAAAGGAUUCCUGAAUGGCACACUGCGGAGGAACCAAUCUCUCCCUAGUUCGUCCUCCAAUCGGAUGAGUGAUUUGUCUCUCAACAGUCUCAACAUCUCCAACGACCGGAUAAAAUAUAAAACAAUGAGACCUCCUCCCAGCACAACGGCCACACCUCGCUCCACCACUGCCUCGCGUUCGCAGUCCGUGUUUGUCAAGGACAAGUUCAACACAACACCCAGCUCUGCCAAGUCCAGCGCGUCCACAAAGGUCAGCCUGAGCACGCUAAAAAAGCGUGUCUCUCAAGUCACUGAGCAGUUGUCUGAUGUUUCACAUCGUAACUCACUUGAAUCACCAGCCAUUGAGCUUAGUGAACAGUUGACCCCCAAACGUCCACUACGACCAGAACCAGAGAGACGACCCAGCCGGCCACCCAGUGCCCAGCUCUCCAACACCUACUCGGGCAGUACAAACAGCUUGACCUCUUCACACUCAGGAGACACGUUGCUCAAAAGAUUGUCAGGAGCUGGUGCAUCCUCAGACACCUUUGAUGAGGUAGGAAAUGGUGAGGCGGCGCCACCCCUGCCCCAGAAGCUCGGCUACUCUGACCACUUCAGCCAGUCCGGAGAUAUCGUGCGCAGAGCCUCGUCAGUCAGCCAGGCAGGCAACAGGCAGAAGCCCCCACCACCACCACCCCCAGCACUAGAUGAUGACAAACCACCACCUGUGCCCCCCAAACCACAGCAUUGAACAAGUUAAAGCACAGCUUGAUCUACAGAAAAUAGCAUGUCGCACUCGGCUGUAUAAUGCAAGCAUUCUCACAUCAAUUUUCAUGGGCACAUGCAUGUCUCUCAAUGUACUUUCUAGCUAUUUUUAAGUGUUGUGUAUAAAUAGAUCAGGGUGUUAUUUUAAAUUGAACUGGAUGGAUUACACAUUCUAGUGUAUAUAAUUUUAAAUUGAUAUUUUGGCUUUUUUUAAACCAUCCAUUUUAUUUAUAUUAUAUAUCAGUGUCAACUUUGAAUCAGAGAGAGAGAGAGUUUAUAAUGGCCUUAGCUCAUAUACAACAUAAUUCUGGAUAUUUUUCUAUCUAUCAUUUACAAAUCAUAUGAUCAUCUAUUCUAUAGUAAAUAUUUCUGGGAAUUAGAAAAAUUGUUAUACAAUGUUCCAUUGUUUAUCAGCUUAUUGCAUCAUGGGAUAAUUAUUUGCAUGAAUUUUGGACCAUAAUUAAUUGGUCAUCAUUGCCUGUUUAGGUUUGCCAUGUUUGAAGAAAGCAGUCUUUAGCUGGCCAAUAUAGCUUGCUAAAGUUGGUAAAAUAAUUAUUUAUAAUAUGGCAGCUGGUUAUUAAUUAUUUUACAUCCACUGAGGCCUUAUACAAUUUCACGAGUCGGUCAGCCAUUUUGAAUAAAUUAUUUUUUUGCAAUCUAUAAUUUUGUAUGUAACAUGCAUGAUCUUACUAUAUAUAUUUUAGUGUUUCUAUUUAUUUAACACUAGUUGUUAACAUUAAUCCAUUCAAAUUAUUGGAGGAUAAAUAACAUUCUGUAAGCAGUAAUGUACAGUUCUUCUGCAGAAAGAUUUUUUUGUUUCACUUUUUUCAAUAUAAUCUAUAAAUAAAUUGUAUCAUCUUAGAGCCUAUAUUUUGUUUCAUCAAGUCACCCAAAUGCCAAAAUUAAUAUUGUCCUAAUUUAUUCUUCUAUAGAAGGUUACAUUUUUAAAAUAUUUAAUUUAAACAAAAUUAGCUAUGUAAUUAUUAAGUAUGCGUAUAGCUUGUGGUUUUAAAUUUUUCAUUUAAGUCCUAUUACAUUUUUUGCUGCACAAAAAUAUUAAAUCAAAUGGGUUUUUAGCAACAAUUUAAAAAUAAUUUAUCUCAUCUCUAUUGAAAAUACAUUAUGGAUUGGAUAGAACAUUUACACCUGAUUCAUGCCUUUCUACCUAUAAUUAUACUAUAACUGCUUUUGGAAAUGUUUGCUGUAUAUUUUAUACUAAUUCUACCCCCUCCACUAUACCUCCUUUCAAUAUAAAUGUGGAUAUAAAAGUUAAUGUUUUUUUUUUUUUAAGUGUAUCAUGUGAAUGUUUAUUCUAUUACAAAAGUUAUGUAAAAUAAGCAAUGCAUUUAAUUGUAUAACCUUCACAGCGGACCAAGUUUGAAUUUAGUUUUUCCUGUAGUUAGAUUAAAAAGUUGUAUCUCUGGAGAAUAUUUCAUUUACUUGUCUUUAAGGAUUAAGGUUGAAUCAGAGUGGGUAGAAGCCAUAGACACCACAGGUUUAUUGUAGGCCCCAAGUGAAGGAAGACUCCUCAGCGACCAGCCGUUCAGACAACAUAAGUUUUACACGUAGCCUUGUAUGUCUUGAGGGUUGAAAUAAGCCUUGACUUUAUAGACAUGUAAGCCUUAAGGUGUGAAAUAAGCCUUGACUUUAUCGAUGUGUAUAAAUAUUCCUUGUAUGACUGGAGGUGUAAACAAUUUUUAUAUAUAGAUUUGCACUUAUUUGUAAUGCCUUGUGUUAGGGACUUAUAAGCAACCAAAGAAACCAGCUCUAACAGCUGUUGAAGUUUUAUUUUGUCAGUCACAUACAUUCAUAGCCACCUAAUGUGAUCCUGUUUGUGUUCAUUAUUUUUUAACCUACAUAAAAUAUUUUUAUCUGGUCACUUUCAUUUUGUUAAGUUUUCUCAGUACAGUGAGGCCCUCUGAGGUGGUAUACUACACACAGGGUAAUGUUGAAAUCCUGGUUGAGAGGUUGGGUUUCAUUGAACUAUAGUUUUAAAUCAAAGAUAGCUCGCUUUAUGUGAAAUAUCGCAUUCAAAUAGGUUUUAAUGCUUGUAUUGAUGUUUUAACUUUUUGAAUAUAUUUUUGUCAGUUCUUAAUCUUAUGUGCUGGAACUCAAAAUGAAAUUUUUAUUUUAAAGUUAAUCACUGGUUUAUUAAUAAAACAUUUAAAUGCCAAGUAGACUAGUGCUAAAUAAGUACUGCAUAGGAAAUGUGUUUAAUUUGUAUUUGACAUAUGUAAUUGUAACUGUCAAAAUGUUGGCAAAAAUCUUUAAAAUAAUUUCUUUUGUUAAGAUUGGACUUAAGAAGAUAUUUUGUUUUUAGAUGUUUUUUUAUAAUUUAUAAUUCAACCCUUUCAUUGUGAGAUUUCAAGUUUUUUUUUUUCCCAUCUAAAAUAUAUAGCAAUAUUUCAUCUCUAGGAAUUAAGCUUUCUUCUGAUUUAAUUAAGUCACAAAAAUGUUCUUCAAUUAUUCCUGUUAAUCAAUGAAGUCAGAAAAUUAAACAUCUUCAAGUUUUCUUUAUACUUGUAUAUUGUAUCUAUUUCUCUUUGUAUAUUUUAUUUUCAAUUGUGCCUCUAUAAAUAUAGUAUAUAAAUAUUCAAUAAAUAAACU